CCUACAGAGCACAAACUCCCUCGAUGGAAGCUCCACAGUUGUUUUCUACCCAUCGCGUGACGCUCAUAUUCAACCCCCAAUUGCUGAGAGGGAACCAGCUUGAGACUCGAGUGAGAUGUUCGGAUGUUAUCUGACACAUCCAAAACUCUGUGGCUCGCCGCGCUAAAGUCGUAGUUCUGUUCAAAUUUGCCGGCCGGAGAUGAGCAUCUCCGGCGGUUAGAGCCACUGUAAACUAUGGCGUUUAAGCGGUCCGCCAUAUCUCAUCGCGCCAAUAAUACUCAAUUCGGACCUUCUCCCGCCCAGUGAUGAUGGUGAAGAGGUGGAAAGCAGUAGAGUCACGGUAGUGUGACGAAUUCUUAGCCACUAUAAAAGAGCGGAGAAUUGUCUUCUGUGUUCUUCUUAUUCAGUAGUUUGAAUUUGUACACCAGAUCAAAUGACCCAACCACCUCAGAAGAAACAGAAGAAAGAGAAGAAGGUUCUUGUCCUUAACUUCUUUGAAGCUUUGACACCAGUGCUCCACUCCCCAGGCCAGUGGAGAAAUCCAAUUGACACCUCCAGGGACUACACCAAGGCCGAGUACUGGGUGAAAAUCGCCCAGUUGGCUGAACGUGGUAAGAUUCACUCUAUAUUCAUUGGUGAUUCUCUCGCUGUUUACGGUGGAUACAAGUCAGAAGGCUGGGGUGGUCCAUUCAACUACGAGGAAGCGGCAAAGUCUGGUAAUAACUUCCCAAAGAAUGAUCCAACUGCUUACUUGGCUGCCGUUGCCAUUUCGACCAAAAACGUGUCCCUUGGUAUCACUUGUUCCACAUUGACUGAACACCCAUACCAUUUCGCAAGAAGAAUGGCCACUCUGGAUCAUAUCUCAGGUGGUCGUGUGGGCUGGAACGUUGUCACAUCUGUUCUCCCAUCUGCUGGAAGACAGUUGGCUGACAACAACAUCCACCCUGAGAAGGAUUUGAGAUACGAAAAGACCGAUGAGUAUCUCCAAGUGUUCUACGAGUUAUUGCUGUCAUCUUGGAGAGAUGAUGGUGUUGUCUUUGACAGAGAAAGAGGUGUCUUCUCUGAGCCAGACAGAAUCAGAGAAAUCAAUUUUGACGGGAAGUACUUCAGAGUUCCAGGACCUCAAAUCACUGAACCAACUGCCGGCAGAAUUCCAUUGAUCAUCCAAGCUGGUGCUUCUCCAAAGGGUAGACACCUUGGUGCUAAGCACGCUGAAGUUGUCUUCUUGCACGGUGAUGUCCCAAGUGAUGUUGUCAAACAAAUUGAAGAAACAAGAGCUUUGGCAAAGGACGUCUAUGGUAGAAACCCAGAUCACCUCAAGUUUAUCACUUUGGUCAAGGUUGUUGUCGGUAAGACACACGAAGAGGCACGCAAGAAGCACGAGGAUGUUCUAAGAUAUCACGACUUGGAUGGUGCACUUAUCCAAGCCAGUACAUUUAUUGAUUUUGGUAAGUUUGAAUGGGAUGAGGAUCUUUCAAAGAUUUCUGACCCAGCUGUUCAAGGAGUUGUCGCCAGUUUCAAGCACAAGAAGUAUUACAAGGAAGGUGAUAUCAUCACAAGACGUUAUGUUGCUAAGAACGUGUACUUUGGUACCUACUUCUGGGGUUCUGCAGAGGAAGUUGCUGAUCAGCUCGAGGAGUAUGUCGAAAAAACUGGUAUCGAUGGUUUCAACUUCACCAGCGUUGUACACAACCAAACCUUUGAAGAUAUCGUGGACAUUCUCGUCCCAGAGCUUCAAAAGAGAGGUCUUGCUCAGAAGGACUACGCUGUGGAAGGUGGCUCCUACAGAGAGCAAGUUUAUGGCCAAGAAGGUCACAAAUUUGUUCCAGAAGACCACUACGCUUAUGGUUUGAGAUGGCAGGCCGGUGAACCAAAGGCAGACUUUGAGAGUAGAUUGGCCAAAUUGAAGAAGCAGCAGGAAAGCUUGAAGAUAUAUGCUGAUUAGUAAUGUUUAAAUACUAAUGCAACUUGC